ACGUCGAAUGCAUCCUAUGGAUGCAGACCCGUCCCGGAAGUGAAUGGGGAUCGCCUCAUUAUUUUUUUUGACGUGAUUCGUUUAGUUACUAUUUUUUUGGAAUCCAAGAGGCUUAGAUUGUUUGACAGCGAUUUGAUCCUUGCAACGAGUUUGAAGUAGGGACGCGCUGUUGCGUCUCUUCGUGCAUCCCCUUGCAUCUAGGACGCUGUUCAAAAUGAUGUCUCCAUUAGGUGUUGCCUGCCUUCCCUUGCUGAUGCUGUCAGCAAUUUCUUACAAUGGCGCCCUCUCUCAGCCACUUGCCAGGAAUAAUGGAGCAAUGCAAGACGAUUUCAGCCAGUACGCUGAUCGCUGGACGCUGCGCCGUUCCGGGUGCACGUGUCAGUUCGACUUCACCCGACGGGACUGCGCUUGCUGCAUCGUGGGCGGGGCGCAGUGUCCGAUCGGCGCACACAAUCUCUGCGUCAAGUGUGGCCAGGAAUACACAUGCGGCAUACCACAUCCAGUCAUCAAGGACCGAGUAGUGAAUGGCUGGACCGGGGCCAUGGAGUGUCCCUGCCCGGGCAACCCUAGCAAGGAGGCCUGCGCGUGUUGCAUCAACGGGGGCUGCCCGUGCGCCAAUGAUCCGUACAGAUGCACGGAAUGCGGCACAACCGCCGGGUGUGGUGAUGGGAAGAACAAUCCAGCCGGACCGCCGUAUGUUUUGAACAAAGACUUUGAGAGAAGUCGGGAAGGAUACGGAAUUCAUGUUCAUCGUGAUCCAGCUCUUCCAAACCCCGUACCCCUGGGUGUGGGCUCCGGUAGAAUCCCCGACGGCCAAAUGUCCGCCUCGUCCUACAUCGACGACCACAUGGGCCCGCACCGUGCGCGUCUGAACGCCCUACCGUCCGAUGCCGGCGCAGGAGGGUGGUCCCCCCUGGAGCUGAACCGCGACCAGUACCUGCAGAUCGACCUGGUCAAUCCGACUAUCAUCACGGGGGUGGCCACCCAAGGACGGGCCGGGAACUCAGACGAGUGGGUGACGUCAUACAACCUGGCGCACAGCUCUGAUGGGAGCAACUGGAACUAUUACGGAGGGGACAGGGAAGGCAAACGGAACGGCAGAGGAAUGAUGUUCAAAGGUAACUCGGACUGCGACGAGAUCGUUCACCACAACUUGGAAGAUCCAAUCAACGCGCGCUAUGUACGCUUCCUGCCCCAGGAUUACUACAACCGCAUCGGCAUGCGGGUGGAGCUUUACGGUCAAGAACCUGAGGUUCCGACGUCCAGUGGAGGCGGGAUCCAGAACCUGGCCUUGUACAAGCCGGCCGAGCAGUCCAGCACAUUUGAGCCCAUCUUUGGAGCCAGUGGUGCUGUUGAUGGCAAAGACGAUGAGGGCAUUGUCAUCACCAAAGUCCAGACCCAGCCCUGGUGGUACGUGGACCUCCAGGAUCAUUACCAGAUCUACUUCGUGGCCAUCAACAAUCCAGGAAUCAUGCUGUGUGCCGAGCCGAAAAUCUUGACUAAUUUUGUGGUCCGCGUUGGAGACAACCCAGAUGUGAACAACAACCCGCCCUGCACGGCCAUCUAUCGCAGGAAGGUAGAACCGGGGGAGUCUGUUCAGAUCCAGUGUCAGAGCAUAGACGGCAUUCCACCCGUCGGCCGCUACGUCAGCAUCGAGCUGAACCCUGACAACCCCAACGAGUUGACCCACCUGCAAGUGUCAGAGGUCAAAGUGUACGGGGUCGCGACCCCUGUACCAGGGCCCACCUGUCGGAUUAAAGAAGGAGCGCACUACCUUGGCAUGGAGUCUGGCGAAAUCAAUGGAGCACAAAUAGAUGCGAGCAACUACCUGAAGGGUUACCAACCUCAAAAUGCCCGCCUGAACCUGCCCAACCGAGCCUGGGUUGCUGAGUGCCGUCCCCACACCCCCUCCCUCGCCAAGGAGAAACAGUACUACCUGAAGAUUGACCUGCUGGCCCUGACCGACAUGGAGGGCCUGCUCACCCAGGGUAGUCUGGUUCCGGAGGAGUCCUACGUCAGCCAGUUCAUGAUGGAGACCAGCGUGGACGGGGAAGUGUUUGUGCCGUACAAAGCAGCGGACGGGACUGUCAAGUUGUUCCAAAGCAACAUGGAUGGGGUGGAUAUCGUGUGCCACCUCCUUCCCAGUCAGAUCUGUGUGCGAGCCAUCAAGAUCAUCCCCAUCUCCUGGCAUCGCUGUGUCGCCAUGAGGGUAGAACUACUUGGCUACAGGGUCCAACACGUGGAGCCUGUUGAAGUUCUUCCUGCUACACAACCUCUAGUGGAAGACGAGCCUGCAGAUGAAGGAGUUGAUAUGGGUACGGUCCAACCAGCAACCCCCAUUGAACAAGAACCCACAGUUAAAGAAGCAGCACCAGCAGUGACAACUGCAGAAAGUGAACCAGAGAUGGAAUUGCCAGAAGUCCAAACUACAGUUCUUGUUCCAGUUCUAGGUUCCAAGCUAGCGACCCUGAAACCCGUCCAAGCAGAUGUGGGAGUAUCUGUUGGGAAACCCUCAGCUGCUGUUCCCAUUCCAACCUUGGCACCAAAGGCAGCUCCAGUUGAGACUACCCUCAAAAUGGAAGCAGAGACCGAGAUUGAAAUGCCAGAAGUCCAAACAACAGUUCUUAUUCCAGUGGUGGAUACCAAGCCAGCAACCCCAGAGCCCGUGGAAGCAGAUGUUGGAGUAACUGCUGGGAAACCCUCAGCUGAUGUUCCCAUUCCAACCUUGGCACCAAAGGCAGCUCCAGUUGAGACCACCGUCAAAAUUGAAGCAGAGACCGAGAUGGAAAUGCCAGAAGUCCAAACAACAGUUCUUGUUCCAGUGGUGGAUACCAAACCAGCAACUCCAGAGCCCGUCGAAGCAGAUGUUGGAGUAACUGCUGGGAAACCCUCAGCUGAUGUUCCCAUUCCAACCUUGGCACCAAAGGCAGCUCCAGUUGAGACCACCGUCAAAAAUGAAGCAGAGACCGAGAUGGAAAUGCCAGAAGUCCAAACAACAGUUCUUGUUCCAGUGGUGGAUACUAAACCAGCAACUCCAGAGCCUGUCGAAGCAGAUGUUGGAGUAACUGCUGGGAAACCCUCAGCUGAUGUUCCCAUUCCAACCUUGGCACCAAAGGCAGCUCCAGUUGAGACCACCGUCAAAAUUGAAGCAGAGACCGAGAUGGAAAUGCCAGAAGUCCAAACAACAGUUCUUGUUCCAGUGGUGGAUACCAAACCAGCAACUCCAGAGCCCGUCGAAGCAGAUGUUGGAGUAACUGCUGGGAAACCCUCAGCUGAUGUUCCCAUUCCAACCUUGGCACCAAAGGCAGCUCCUGUUGAGACCACCGUCAAAAUUGAAGCAGAGACCGAGAUGGAAAUGCCAGAAGUCCAAACAACAGUUCUUGUUCCAGUGGUGGAUACCAAACCAGCAACUCCAGAGCCCGUCGAAGCAGAUGUUGGAGUAACUGCUGGGAAACCCUCAGCUGAUGUUCCCAUUCCAACCUUGGCACCAAAGGCAGCUCCAGUUGAGACCACUGUCAAAAUUGAAGCAGAGACUGAGAUGCCAGCAGACCAAACAACUGCAGAACUCGCUGAAGUAGUUGCCUCUACUACCCCUGUGGGAAAUAUUGAUGACAUUGGGAAACCUGCAGCUGAUGAGACACAGAAUACACCCCCUGAGAUAGGCAAAGAUUUGCCCAAGAACAAGGGAAAGGAUAGACCCAAGAACAAGGGAAAGGAUAGGCCCACGAACAAGGGCAAGGAUAGGCCCAAGAACAAGGGCAAGGAUAGGCCUAAGAAGAAAGGAAAGAAGGGAUCUGAUGAAGAGGAACCUUCCGUAGACAUAGGUGAACCUGCAGCUGAUGAACAGCAAAACAAACCACCCAAAAGGGGCAAGGAUAAGGGCAAGGAUAGGCCUAAGAAGAAAGGAAAGAAGGGAUCCGAUGAAGAGGAACCUUCCGUAGACAUAGGGGAACCUGCAGCUGAUGAACAGCAAAACAAACCACCUAAUAGUGGCAAGGAUAAGGGCAAGGAUAGACCCAAGAACAAGGGAAAGGAUCGGCCCAAGAACAAGGGAAAGGAUAGACCCAAGAACAAAGGAAAGGAUAGGCCUAAGAAGAAAGGAAAGGAGGGAUCCGAUGAAGAGGAACCUUCUGCAGACAUAAGCGAACCUGCAGCUGAUGAACAGCAAAACAAACCACCCAAAAGGGGCAAGGAUAAGGGCAAGGAUAGACCCAAGAACAAGGGAAAGGAUAGGUCCAAGAAGAAGGGAAAGAAGGGAUCUGAUGAAGAGGAACCUUCUGUAGACAUAGGUGAACCUGCAGCUGAUGAACAGCAAAACAAACCACCCAAAAGGGGCAAGGAUAAGGGCAAGGAUAGACCCAAGAACAAGGGAAAGGGUAAGCCUCAGAAGAAAGGAAAGAAGGGAUCCGAUGAGGAGGAACCUUCUGCAGACAUAGGUGAACCUGCAGCUGAUGAACAGCAAAACAAACCACCCAAAAGGGGCAAGGAUAAGGGCAAGGAUAAACGUAAAAAGAAAGGAAAGAAGGGAUCUGAUGAAGAGGAACCUUCAGCAGACGAGGGCAAACCUGCAGCUGAUGAACAGCAAAACAAACCACCCAAAAGGGGCAAGGAUAAGGGCAAGAAAAAGCCUAAGAAGAAAGGAAAGAAGGGAUCUGAUGAAGAGGAACCUUCAGCAGACAUAGGUGAACCUGCAGCUGAUGAACAGCAAAACAAACCACCCAAAAGGGGCAAGGAUAAGGGCAAGGAUAGGCCUAAGAAGAAAGGAAAGAAGGGAUCUGAUGAAGAGGAACCUUCUGUAGACAUAGGUGAACCUGCAGCUGAUGAACAGCAAAACAAACCACCCAAAGGGGGCAAGGAUAAGGGCAAGGAUAGACCGAAGAAGAAAGGAAAGAAGGGAUCAGAUGAAGAGGAACCUUCCGUAGACAUGGGUGAACCUGCAGCUGAUGAACAGAAAACCAAACCACCCAAAAGGGGCAAGGAUAAGGGCAAGGAUAGGCCUAAGAAGAAAGGAAAGAAGGGAUCUGAUGAAGAGGAACCUUCAGCAGACAUAGGCGAACCUGCAGCUGAUGAACAGCAAAACAAACCACCCAAAAGGGGCAAGGAUAAGGGCAAGGAUAAACCUAAGAAGAAAGGAAAGAAGGGAUCUGAUGAAGAGGAACCUUCAGCAGAUAUAGGCGAACCUGCAGCUGAUGAACAGCAAAACAAGCCACCCAAAAGGGGCAAGGAUAAGGGCAAGGAUAAACCUAAGAAGAAAGGAAAGAAGGGAUCUGAUGAAGAGGAACCUUCAGCAGAUAUAGGCGAACCUGCAGCCGAUGAACAGCAAAACAAACCACCCAAAAGGGGCAAGGAUAAGGGCAAGGAUAAACCUAAGAAGAAAGGAAAGAAAGGAAAGGAGGGAUCUGAUGAAGAGGAACCUUCAGCAGACAUAGGUGAACCUGCAGCUGAUGAACAGCAAAACAAAUCACCCAAAAGGGGUAAGGAUAAGGGCAAGGAUAAACCUAAGAAGAAAGGAAAGAAGGGAUCUGAUGAAGAGGAACCUUCAGCAGAUAUAGGCGAACCUGCAGCCGAUGAACAGCAAAACAAACCACCCAAAAGGGGCAAGGAUAAGGGCAAGGAUAAACCUAAGAAGAAAGGAAAGAAAGGAAAGAAGGGAUCUGAUGAAGAGGAACCUUCAGCAGACAUAGGCGAACCUGCAGCUGAUGAACAGCAAAACAAACCACCCAAAAGGGGCAAGGAUAAGGGCAAGGAUGAACCUAAGAAGAAAGGAAAGAAAGGAAAGAAGGGAUCUGAUGAAGAGGAACCUUCAGCAGAUAUAGGCGAACCUGCAGCCGAUGAACAGCAAAACAAACCACCCAAAAGGGGCAAGGAUAAGGGCAAGGAUAAACCUAAGAAGAAAGGAAAGAAGGGAUCUGAUGAAGAGGAACCUUCAGCAGAUAUAGGCGAACCUGCAGCCGAUGAACAGCAAAACAAACCACCCAAAAGGGGCAAGGAUAAGGGCAAGGAUAAACCUAAGAAGAAAGGAAAGAAAGGAAAGAAGGGAUCUGAUGAAGAGGAACCUUCAGCAGACAUAGGCGAACCUGCAGCUGAUGAACAGCAAAACAAACCACCCAAAAGGGGCAAGGAUAAGGGCAAGGAUAAACCUAAGAAGAAAGGAAAGAAGGGAUCUGAUGAAGAGGAACCUUUAGCAGAUAUAGGCGAACCUGCAGCCGAUGAACAGCAAAACAAACCACCCAAAAGGGGCAAGGAUAAGGGCAAGGAUAAACCUAAGAAGAAAGGAAAGAAGGGAUCUGAUGAAGAGGAACCUUCAGCAGACAUAGGCGAACCUGCAGCCGAUGAACAGCAAAACAAACCACCCAAAAGGGGCAAGGAUAAGGGCAAGGAUAAACCUAAAAAGAAAGGAAAGAAGGGAUCUGAUGAAGAGGAACCUUCAGCAGAUAUAGGCGAACCUGCAGCCGAUGAACAGCAAAACAAACCACCCAAAAGGGGCAAGGAUAAGGGCAAGGAUAAACCUAAGAAGAAAGGAAAGAAGGGAUCUGAUGAAGAGGAACCUUCAGCAGAUAUAGGGGCAAGGAUAAGGGCAAGGAUAAACCUAAGAAGAAAGGAAAGAAGGGAUCUGAUGAAGAGGAACCUUCAGCAGACAUAG